AUGUGUUUACCAUUGAGGUAUGGUUUAAUAACAUGGGGAUAUUUUAGACUGAUACUAGCUGGUAUAAUACUAUUAGGCGCAUCGCUAAGUGUACACAGACGUCUAAGAACAACGGUUGAUCGAAGGGAAGAAUACAACGUGUUUAAUUCAUUCAAUAUAAUAAUUUUAAGUAUAGUAAUUCUGAUGGUUGUUGCUGACAUUAUAUUGGGGGUCAUAUUUAUCGUCUCAUGUCAUAAGAAAAAUGUCAAGUUGAUAUCAAAGUAUUAUCAUUAUACGAUAGUUUUGUUGGCUAUAUUUAUACCAUUGAGUUUAUAUUGCGGGUGCGCAGCUUUAUAUCACAUGUAUACAACAAAGCCACCAUUGUCUUUUAUCCUCGCGUUCGUACUGUUGGACUUAUUCUCACUAUUUGUUUAUAUUGUUAUACAAAUUUAUGCGGUCCUAUUAAUAAGAAGUGAAAUAAUUAAAUUAAAGAACAACGGCCAAUUUAGAUUUGAAAACAAGGCUGCCGAAGCUGAAUGCUAUCUGCGUAUUGACAACUCAAUUGGACAAAACAAGAGAGAAGAUGAAACAGAAAAAAAACGACAUUGGCGUCAUAACAGCAGAAGUUUAAAAUAA